AGAAGGGGAGAGAGUUUUAAGAUGUAAAAUACCUAAAGGGCAUUGAAAAAACCAAGCAAAGAAAGAAAAAAAUAAAAAACUUUAUUCAUUAAAUUCAAGACUAACUAAGGUCACAAUAUUCCGUUACGGCCUUUUUUUUUCUUUAAUCCUAAGUUAAUUUCGAAAAAAAAAAAUUUGUUAAAUAAUUUGGGUAAAAGUUGAAUAUGUUCAAAAAACAGAGAGAGAGUAAUUUCACCCUGUAAUUGCAUAUGCCCAAAUAUUCAAAACCUAACCCCGGUAUUGUCUCCAUGGUCCAUACCCAAACAUGGCUCCUCCUCCACGGCCUAGUGUAUCAACGUUUACACAAUUUUUCUACUUUUUCAUCAGUAAUUCAAACAAUCACGGUGGGAGUGGACUGGUGGUUGGGGACAAAUUCUAUGACACGUUUUGGGUUCGAUUGGUGAAUCACACGAUGAUGGUUAGAGGGAGACCAUGCUUCUGUGAGUCUUUCUAGCUCGUGCUGGUGAAUCACACUACGGUAGCCUCUGCGAGUUUUUCCGACCCCUGAAAGAAUGGAUUGUCAUGUCAAAGUCACCAGCUACUCUCCUUUAAGAAUAAAAAUAAAAAUCAAUAAUUUAAACAAAUCUAUUAACAGUGUAUUAACGUCUAAACAAUUUUUCUAGUCUUCAUAGUAAAAAAAUCUUUUUUUGUUACUCUGCAUCUCCCUUUGUGAAAUAAUUAAUCAUAGAAAAAUGAAAAAUAGAAACCGAUACACACAAAAAAGUUGAUAAUAAAAGUCAAGACUUGUUGCCCAAGAAAUUCUAUCUAUACUAAACGUUGGUGGAAAAACACUGUUCAUUAACAGUGCCGUUCCUGUUUUGUCCCUCAUCUAACGCACGGUUUUCAGCCUUUUAAAAGAUGCUACAGAAAUUGUCGAUUUUGCCCCUCUGUACAAUGAGCCUACAUACGGAAAGGCUAUGUUGGAGCAAAAACUGUGCAGGCAAAGACAUAAGAGUGAUGGAUUUUGGAAUGAAAUGCAGAGGAUAUCCUUUUGCGCCGCUUAAAGAAGAGCUCAACAUGAGGGUGCAAGAGAGCUAUUGGUACAAUAAAGAAAGGAAAAGUUGUACGCUACUACAGCACUACGCUGGGUGCUAGCCAACAUGAUAACAGCACUUACAAGAUAACAAUAACAAUAUAAAAAUGAUUAAGAUAGUGAAGGAAUGGUGAGGAUUGGAAGGCAGAUGAGUGUACAAGUGACAGGAAGAUUGAAGAAGAAAGCAGUAAAAUGCAGUUGGGUCCUUAAUGCACUCCUAAAGAAUAGAUUGAGAAGUUUAAGGAUGUUGAGAGUUUGAGAAAUGAUGGAGGUAUCAUCAUCUCAGCUUCUGAUUUUUAAAACUAUCCAUCAUGGAACCUUGAAUUUUUUUUUUAAUUUUUUUAUUUAUAUACAAUAAGGUCCGGAUAGUAUAGGUAUAAUUUUUAAUUAAAUUCUUGAAUCUUUGAAUUUAUGUCAAUUUCAUUUGACGUUAAUCAGUCAUUGUUUGUAGAUUGCCAAUAAUCAAAGUGAUUAAUCACUAAUUGGAAAUAUUUAAAGUGUAAUUUUCUAUAACCUCUUUUCCUUUUGUACUUUUAUUGAAUACGUUAUCAAUUUUCUGUUUAAUUAUAUGAUUUCUUAUCUUAAGAAUGUUUGCAUCUUAAUACUUAGCUUAAAUAUGUUAAUCUGUCCCUUUUUUAUAUAGAAUUUAGUGCAAGUUAUUCUCAAUCACACAGGCAUCCGUAACAUCAGGUUGGCAUCCGCAGCUUCACGUGGACAUCCUUUCACACAGUGUUGUUACAUCUUUUUUAUUUGAUCAAGCUUUGUGAUUGUGUAUAUAUUGGUUGUUCUGUUUUUUAAAAUGGUGGUUAAAAGAAACUUUUUGUAUUCUUAUCAGGAGCGGCUAAGUAGUUUUAUAGUUUAAUGUCUAAAAUAUUAUCCUCGGAUAUAAAUCUUUACUGCUUUGUAUUCUAGCUGAUUUUGAUAACAUUUAUAAUGAUAUAUAAAUUUGCUCGAUUAAUAUUGUAGUUUAAAAGUCUUGCUUAUUCUGUAUGACAAGUUAUUUUAGUAACAUUUACACUGUAUUCUGUCAUCAUUAGACUUUCAGUUUUGUGCUUAAAUUGAAUUAUGCUAAUCUGUAUAAAAUUGAGAGUCAUGUUGAUAAAAGCUUCGUUUUUAUUCUCCUGUUUUUGAAAGUACCCUGGAAAUAUUUUAAGUUUGUUUUAUCUUUAUUUGAAAAUGAAUUAUUUUUGUGUUUGCAAUCAUUUGCAGAUUAAUUUCAAUUUGAAAAAAUCUCUGCUGCAUCUCGGUUCCUACAGUAAUUUCAGCUGCUGAAGUAGCUUUCAGCUGUCAAGGUUACUAGCAAUUGAGUGUGUUUGUAAGUGCCUUUUGCUUUUGUAAAAUUGUGUGAAAGAUUAUAUUUCUUCCUUUUGUUUGAUAAUUGUCUGGUUGCUGUCAAUACUAUGGCUUUAAAUUGUAUAUGGAAUCAUUAUUUUCACAUAUUCUUUGCUUUAAGUUAUAAUCUAGAGCUACUUUUACGUUAUAGUUUUAUAACUGUAUGUAAAAUUAAUUAAUACUUUAUUAAUUUUUUUUAUUGACGUUUUACAUUUAAUUACAAUUUUUGUCAAGCUUUCUCUUUAGGGGAAUUAGCUAUUACUAAUAUAUAUAUACAAAUUAUCUUUUCACAUGAUCUAAAUACAUGGCAAAUUACCUGCUUGCAUAUUGAAAGGUUAAAUUGGAUAUCGAAAAGUAUAAAAGUAGACAUUUGUACUAGAGAUAUACCCUCUCCUCAUAUUUUAAUCUAAUAUGUUCUUUCACAAAUUUAGAAAAUAUGGACAAGGUUUAUCUUUAGUGGUACGAUGUCUAUAUAAAUUGGUAAUAGUUAAUUCCUCUGAAGAGAAGACGGAAAUGAUGAUUUUUACUCCAGAUGAUCAAAACUGAGUUUACCAAUUUACAUAAAUCUGAUCCAUCUUUGUUGUACUAAAUUGCAACAAACUUAUCUUUUCUAAGACGUUAUCCAAAUUCUCAACCCAGGUAUGUAUCCAAUUUCACUUACUCUUUAUAUCUCAAUGCAUUUGUUUGUAUAAAUUAAUAUAACGUUAGUCAAAACUGAACAAUUUACAAAUUAUGCUCAAUCUAUUUUUAAUAAUUUUUUAGUUGUUAUUACCUACGAAUUUUCUUAUCCCGCAGCAACGUGGGCACCACUUCCUAGUCUGAUCCUAUAUACAAGCCACAAAGCAAGCCAAUAUCUCUCACCCAACGGGUCCUCAUCUUCCGACUCUUAUCUCUUAAAAACUAAUUCUGCAAACCCUCAUCACAACUCAAACAUGACUUCUCCAUAAACAUUACUGGGUCCACCGGAGCUCUACCGGCCUAAUUCUCCAUAAACCGCCGCGAAACUCCCACCAUCACAACCUUCAAACAAGGCCCUCAACUGGGUCAAAAACGGUCUAAUCAUUCAUCCACAUUCCCACACUUCUUGAACCCAUGCCUAAAAUUAUUCUUCAAUGCCGGCACGAAGAAUAAUAGUGACGCCCCAAUACCAGCCACGACCCCUUCCAGUUACAGCUACUAUGGCCGGCACGAGCAGGGGCGGAAGGAUCUGAUCCACUAUGUAGAGAGGGCAUGGAAUUUUGACCCUCUCACCACUCUCAGACUUACUUUUGCUCUAAGAAUGGCGGGGAAGAUCGGCAAAGAAGGGUUUUACAAAUCCAUGUUGUGGGUGCACGAAAACCACCCCUUAACCCUUUCUUUGAAUGUCAUGGUUUUUGUGGAAUUAGGGUUAGUCAAAGAUCUUUUGGGGAUCCUUUAUAUGGUUUUGAAGGACUCCAUAGCAAAGGAAAACCAACCGUUGAAUACGGUGAACACCGUGGUUACGAAUACGAUGGGUGCUAUGGCUAUGAAUAAAAUGGACGCUAUGCCAUACUAUGGCUAUGAAUUAUACGAUGGACACUAUUCUUGUGAAUACAAUGGAUUAUACUAUGGCUACGACGGAUUCUAUGGCUGUGGAUAUGAGGGAUACUGUGGCUAUGGCUACAACGGACACUAUGGCUAUGGCUGCAACGGAUGCUAUAGCUAUGGCGGGGACGGAUUCUAUGGCUAUGGAUACCGUGGAUACUAUGUUUAUGACCCAUAUGGCUAUUAUUGGUUAGGGGAGGAAGAAUGUGUCUAUGAGGAAGAGAAUAGAAAAGAGAUAGAUGGAAUAGAAAUUCAAAUUGACAGUGCCAAAAUCGCGGUUGAGAGGUACCAAAAUGACCGUCAUUUUCGAAACUUGCAUGAUCGAAUAUCAGGUAUGUUUGCUGAGCUAUUGAUAUCAGAUCUCGUGUUUAUGGAGGCUGGUGAGAUUGAAAAGAUCAGUUUUGCUUCUAAAUUAUGUCCUUCAAUUUUUUCUAAAUUUGAUAGAGCAACCCUGCUAUGUGAAAACAUAGCAAAGAGAGUUUUCCCACGCCACAGCUAUGAGGAGUACAAAUAUGUUGAAGAAGCUCAUUACACUUACAGUGUUCGUUAUCGUUUGCACAAACAAGUGCUUGUUCCUCUGCGCAAAGCCUUAAAGUCAUUGUCAGUGAAGACAAAUGCAGCUGUUGUGCAAAAGAAUGAGAAUGCUGCUACCGAAACAAAGAAGUGCUCGUCUUCCCCAAAUCUUGAGGCCCUGAUUGCUAUGCAAGGGUACAGGAAGAUCCUUAAGAAAGAAAAGGAAAGCAAAAUACCCUUUGAGCUUUACAUGAAGAUAGAUGCAAUUUUUGGGAUAAGCAUUGGAAACUGGCUAAAACUUCCUCACCAAGUCACAGCUUACUUGGAUAAGGAAAAGGGUAGUGAUGAAAUUGCUGAGCUUCAAUGGCGGCAACUAGUCCAAGAGUUGUCAAGCAAAGGGAAGCUCAAGAACUGUAUUGCAAUAUGUGACGUCACAGGCAUGAGAGGGACAAGCAAGGAAAUGGAGUGCAUUGCAAUGGGCUUAUUAAUUUCAGAACUGAGCGAAAAUCCAUGGAAAGGAAUGGUUUUCUCAUUCAGUGAUACUCCCAAGCUUCAUAAGAUUGAAGGAGACAAUCUUCGGUCCAAAUGUGAGUUAAUGAGGCAGAUAGAGUGUGCUGAGAAACUGGAUUUCUUAGAGAUUUACAACAGAGUUUUGGACAUUGCAGUCCCACAAAAGCUAAGCCAUGACAAGAUGCCCCGGCGGAUUUUUGUGUUCACCUGCAGGGAUUUCAAUGAGGCCUUCAAAUAUGAUUGGUGGGAUGACUAUAAGGAGGCUUCGAGUCGUUACAGAAGAAAAGGGUAUAAUCUGACUGUGCCAGAUAUGGUGUUUUGGAAUCUUAAAGGAGAGAUUGCUGAGCCAGAGGUCAUUUAUAGCCCAGUGAAGGAGAACCAUAAAGUUGGGUUAAUUAUAAGUGGGUUUUCAGACAAUCUGCUCAGCAUGUUCUUCAAUGGAGAGACGGAUUCAAGAACAUACGCAGCUCAGUUCCGAGCACCUUACGGUAUUGAUGUACCGGAUUUCAUUCCUAAAGCUGAGGAUAUGAUGAAAUGUGUAGUUUCAAGAGAAGAACUCAAUAACUUGCUCGUAUUAGAUUGAUGAAAAGUACGACUUUAUAGGUGCAUUUUGUUGGGAUGCACAAUGAGGAGACCUUGUUAUAAAUUUUGUUCAAUCAUAGCUCUGUCAUGAGGAACAGAUGAUCUGGUCUUGAAAUAGAAGAGCUUCAAUGGCGGUAACUUCAAGUGCAUACAUGUUGAAACUACAAUUAAGCACCUUCGACCUAACUUGUGUUGGAUAGAAAUUGCUUUUCACUCUUUUGUGCUCAGAGAAAGAAAUUCUUUUUCCAUCCUAACUUGAAUCUUCUUGUCUAGAAGAAGGCAAUUGUUAUGGAAACCAAACCACAUUCAAAAGAUAAAGGAAACUUGUGUCUUUCUGAAUAGAUGUUAUUCUGAUCGAAAUGCAUAAAUUCCUCGAUUAUGUACUUUUUAAAUCCUUACUGCUGCAAGCAUUUCUCAUUUGGA